AGUAAACAAAAGAAGAAUGAGUAAGGAGAACCUCACUGAGACCACAAGGAGGUGUGUGGGAAGCAGGAUGAUUUCAGAGUUCUGAAGUUCCUGUUGCUUCAGACGAUGGAUGAGCAAUCACAAGGGAUGCAAGGGCCACCUGUUCCUCAGUUCCAACCGCAGAAGGCCUUACGACCGGAUAUGGGCUAUAAUACAUUAGCCAACUUUCGAAUAGAAAAGAAAAUUGGUCGCGGGCAAUUUAGUGAAGUUUAUAGAGCAGCCUGUCUCUUGGAUGGAGUACCAGUAGCUUUAAAAAAAGUGCAGAUAUUUGAUUUAAUGGACGCCAAAGCACGUGCUGAUUGUAUCAAAGAAAUAGAUCUCCUUAAGCAACUCAACCAUCCUAAUGUAAUUAAAUAUUAUGCAUCAUUCAUUGAAGAUAAUGAACUAAACAUAGUUUUGGAAUUAGCAGAUGCUGGUGAUCUAUCCAGAAUGAUAAAGCAUUUUAAGAAACAAAAGAGGCUAAUUCCUGAAAGGACUGUUUGGAAGUACUUCGUGCAGCUGUGCAGUGCACUGGAGCACAUGCAUUCUCGACGAGUCAUGCACCGGGAUAUAAAACCAGCUAAUGUGUUCAUUACAGCCACUGGGGUGGUCAAACUUGGAGAUCUUGGGCUUGGUCGGUUUUUUAGCUCCAAAACCACAGCUGCACAUUCUUUAGUGGGUACACCUUAUUACAUGUCUCCAGAGAGAAUACAUGAAAAUGGGUACAACUUCAAAUCUGACAUCUGGUCCCUUGGCUGUCUACUGUAUGAGAUGGCUGCGUUACAGAGUCCUUUCUAUGGCGACAAAAUGAACUUGUACUCGCUGUGUAAGAAGAUAGAGCAGUGUGACUACCCACCUCUUCCUUCAGAUCACUAUUCAGAGGAGCUGCGGCAGUUGGUGAACAUGUGCAUCAACCCAGACCCAGAAAAGCGACCAGACAUCACGUAUGUGUACGACGUGGCCAAGAGGAUGCACGCCUGCAUGGCCAGCAGCUGAGCGCAUGGACGGCAUGGAGGACGUAAGCAACACGAGUUCAAGUAAUUCUGUGCAAAUCAUACCUCCCUGUUCUUGGGUGUUAAGAUUAAUAUUUCAGAGCUAGUGUGCUUUGAAUCCUUAACCAGUUUUCAUCUAAGCUUCAUUUUGUACCAAUUUAAGUCACCUUCUUGCAAACCCCAAUGACUUUGGAAUAAUCAGAUUGCGUGUUAGGAGAGCAAACGGAACAUGAUGGUUUUUAAUGGCUAAAGAUUUUUAGAAUUAUUUUGAGUUUUGUGCUGAUAAGUCGUGCUCAGAUAGACUCUCAGUGCCAAAUGUUGGUGGCUCAGCUUGGCCCCAUUGGGACAGACGUGCAGCCUGAGGAAGGUAUCUGAACAUGUGCCUUGUGUGCUGCUCUCCAGUCAUUUAUGGACAUUUGAGAUGAACACAGUUGUGAACUUUUGUGAUUAUUUUAUUUUUAGAAGUUUGAAGUAUGUGUUUUAGUUCUUAGCAUUGUAGCUUUCAAAUAGGAUUCUUAAAGAUAAAUGUAGACAUAUGAACUAUUUGAGAAGCAUUUAAAACUUAUAGAUUUAAAAUAGCUUAUACGUUCAAAAUGCAACUAUUAAAUGUGAAAAGAUUUGGGGAUAAAAUGUGAGUCAGACACUGAAGAGUUUUCUGCUUUAUUUUGUUUUAUUUUAAUAUCUUUGAAAUUCUCCUUGCAUUAAAAUGGUAUAAAUGAAUCCAUUUAAAAAGUGGUUAAGGAUUUGUUUGGCUGGUGUGGUAGUAGUUUUCCAAGUUGCACAUUGCCCAAGGCUUUUUUGUGUGUUUUUACUGUUGUUUGUACAUUUGAAAAAUAUUCUUCGAAUAAUCCUGCAGUACUAUUUUCAAUUUCUUUAUAAAUUUAAAUGCUCUACUCAUUGUACACUAUAGUGUAAGCAUAUGUUUUUAUUCAUAGAUUUUAUUGAAGUUCUGAUUGAUCCCCUUCAGAAAUUUUUUUUUAUUCUUCAAGUUAUUUUCCUAUUUAUAUUGUAUGUGCAUUUUAUCCACUAAUGUUUCAGAUUUUCUGACAACAUAAUAACCUUAAAAAAAAUAUUUGAUAUACCAACACUUUUCCUGGAUUGAAAACAUUUUUUUUUUCGAUUUUGAAAAUUUGGGCCACUGUGUAUGCAUGUGCCUUGUCUUGUUAGGAAGAGGGAUGUGCAUUGUACUGUAGCUGUGAAUGUCGAUACUGUUUCAAUUCAUCUGACAAGGUUGUAACUUUAGAAUAUGUUUAAAGAAAUGAAAACUGGCCACUACCACAAACAGCAUUUUUAUAAACAUUUCUAUUGAGAAGCUUUUAGGCAAAGUACUGUAUUCAUGCAUAAAGAUAACAGAGGUGGUAACACUUCGUUUAGUUUAAGGAAAUGGGCAGAGUUUAGUAAAUGCUGUCGUGGAGAUGUUUUCCCUGAAUGCCUUCAUGUUAGUGGUGACCAGCUCCUCCCAGAGUUGUGAAGCCAAAAGGCUGCGUGGCAGUCACUGCCUAAGGACGCCAUGCCACCAUGUAACCUUGGGACAAUAAUCCUGCCAACAGGAAACCCUCAUGCUCAGAGAACACCUACCUUUAGCCCAUGUAACUGCUGGUUUUAUUUUUUCCAUAGAAGUAUUUUUCUUACAAUCAUUUGAAUACUUCCAAGUCAUUUGUAAACUUUAAAAAUGUACAAAGGGCAAAAGUGUAAACUUUUUUUCUAAAUUUAGUCAGCUACAGUAUCUUAAUCAGUUGUGAAUGGAGGGUAAUUUUAUCCCGGGACAGGCAGGGGAGAGCUGGUCAUUCUGUAUGUGAGGGCCGGGCAUGCCGUUUCUCCCAGAUUCUGGUGACUUUGACCUCACUGGACGCCUGCACCCUCCUCUCCAGGGGAAUUGUUUCUGUUGACCGUUAGUGUCAUGUUCAUUUUAAUGUAAUAUGAUUCAUGGAGAUGAAAUGUUCUCUAGUUGGAACAGAUACACUCCUUUUUCUUGCAAUCUUUAAAGAUACAUGGAUCUAAAAGUCAUGAGCUUAACCCCUCACAGGACUUCUAAGCAAAGAUUUAAACUUUUCUUUUAAGUGAAUCUAUCUGCUGGAAGGAAAUAGUUGGGAAGAAUUUGUUGAUCAGGGAAAUCCAUUAUUGUUUUCUACAUAUGGAAACUUUUUGUUUUGGAUAUUAUAUCUUUAUCUAAGUGUUCAUAUUUUUCUUGCAGAAACCAUUGCACAUAACAAAUUUUAAUUUUGAACGGGAUCAUUUCAAAGAAUUAUGAAGAUGAUUAAUUUUUAUAAUCACCUAUAAAAUGUUCUCUUUGUAUUUCUGUUUAUAAGUAAAUUUUGUAUUGAUUAAGUAAAACAUUUGAGUUGACAUGAGGAACAGUAAAAUGAAAGGUACAUCUGAUUCUAACCCUUAUUUUAGACUUCGGUACCAGUUCCCCAGGACACAACAUGGGGUGACUUUGUUUCGUAUGCUGAGGUUUAGGAAUGGUGGAUGAAGCGUAUCGCUGUAUAAAUAAAGCGCUCAGCAAUGUGCAAUGAUUGUGAAUUUAGUAAGAUAGGACAGCCACUUCAUGACCGCUUACCAUUCUACAUAGUGUCUGUUACAAAACACCGUUCUUGUAUCAGUAUACACUUCAGGUGUUGCUGUUAACAUUUGCAUAUUUAUUUUAACCAAAAUGUUAUUCAUAUUAAAUAUUUUUCUUUAAAAUGAAUGUAUUAUGUUUAUAACCCACGAAUGCAUAAUUAUCAUAUGCCUCCUAUUUCAAUAGUACUGUAAUAUGGACUUCUUUUGUGAAGUACUUUUAUUUUGUUAUGCUACCAAUACACAUACUAAAAAGACUCUGUUGUUAGCUUUGAAAUUGUAUAA